CUGGGAUUGGCAGCGAUGGCAAACUCUUAGAAAACAUACAACAGCUUUGUUCCUUAUAGCAGGAGAUCUGAAACUUUUUGUACCCUGGGACCUUUUUAACUAUUAAAAAACAUUCCACAGACCCCCUCUCACUGCUGAUUCAUUUUACAACCAUAAUCUAACUAUUCAAAUAUGAGUAUGUAGUAAUCAUUGUGUACAACAAUAUUUGGGUUUGGAUUAAACCUAUUCAUUUCAAGUGACCUGUCAGUUAGUCUAAUCACUAUAAGAAGUCAAUAAAAAAAAUCUGGUGCUUGGACCCCUAAUAAUAAGUUUCAUAAUGGUGGGUUGUGACAAAAUAAAAACAAAAUCACAGAUCCCACUUAACCACAGCCAUACAGAACACAACGAGAUAGUAUCUUAGACAUAUUAUGCAAGCACAUAUUAUGUCUAUUACACAACCAUGUUUAUGUUAAAUUGAAUGACUGUUUGAAAAAGAAUUUCAGUAUUAGGCACCAUUUUGCUUUUAAUUCUGCUGUCAUGUCUAUUUGCUUUUUUUCCGUACAUGCUUUCACACUUUUACUCCUAGCACUCUUACAUAAUGUAAUAUGAUUUUAAUCACUUUGCAUCAUUUUCCAUCUAAUUACCGUUUAAUAAGCCUUUAUAUUUGGAAAUCUGAAGCAUCAUAAAAGCUCAUUUUUCUUCCUCGUGUUAUUCUUUUUGACCUCAGUUCUUUUGGCUUUGCUUAAACUUUUAAUUUCAUAUGUUUAAAGCACUAUGUUCAUUAGCACGCAGCGCUCUCUGAUCUGGAGUCAGUGACAGCGAAUCGCAGCUCAGGCCCGAGCGCAGCUGAGCACUUUUUUUUUUGGGGAGUUGUAAAUAUUUGAUGGGCGACCUGAUUCAGACGAGUCAAGCACCAUUUCACACUCCCUUUCAUGCACGCCGCUGCCAGAUCUGCCUGCCUUGCUCACACGCUCCACAAUGAGAACAGAUUUAGGUGGGAAGACAUCAACAACCCAGAUACAACGAACACCAGGGACCAGGUGUCUCUGCACUCGUCGCUCGAUUCAGUCCCCGCAUCUUUUCUAUUUAUACACAUUUAUGGAAUAAACAAGGCCCGGAAAAAAAGAAAAUAUGAAGUAUCCUGAGCGUUCGCCUCGGAAUGGCUGAAGCAUAAAAGAGCUUUUCAGAUGCGGGAAAAUAACAAGUGUGUGUCUUUGUGUGAUGAAAGUAGCGGCUUUCCGACAGUUCAGACUGAGAGGUUUUUUUUUUUUCUUUUAAACCCUGCUAAAGGUUUUGUGUGUAUUUGGUUAGUUACAGCAAUUACGGCCAGUAAGUGACAGCCAAAAGCACGCGAGAGAGAGAGAGAGAGAGAGAGAGAGAGAGAGAGCAGACUGCUUCCCUGUGCAAGACUCCUCUGUCGAACAUCUGCUCAGAGAUUUGCAUAUUAAUUAACCCAUAUUAACUCUAAUUAUUCUGGGAAAUUAUCAAAUAAAUUAAAUUUUCUAAUUUUAACCUUUCCUUUGCUUGACGGAUGUCAGCACAGGAGGAAACCCGGAAAAAUUUACACUCACCUGGGCAACCGUUUUACUCCUUCUUUAUUUUUUUCCCCCUCUUGUUUCAGCUCUUCUAUUUUUUUCCGGUGUUGGUCCCGGGGGCAGCCGAGGGAGCUUUUGUAUGCCUCGGUCUCUCUCUCUAUCUUUUUUUCUGUUUUUUUGGCUCCCGUGUCUGGGAGGUGGGGGACGCUGGGCCAGGAGCAUGUGUGUGUGAGUGAGUACAGAUGGCGAACUCGGGCAGGACGACUAGAGGAGGAGAGUCAGGCCACCGAGCCGAGCAGCCGAGCAGCCGAGCAAAGCUCCGAGCUUUCUGUCUUUUUUUCCAGCCUGUUGCUUCGGCCUCGGCAAAUAAACGCGACUUUAAUUCAAUUAGGGUCCGGCUACCGUGGCUGGCUGCCUCAUGGUAGAAAUGAUUGAACAUAACAACCCCCUUGCUGACACACACGCAGAAGCACAAGGGCUCUGAAACACUCCGGAGCUGGUUUGGUUUGCUUUGCUUUACACUUCACUGGGUUUUUCACCGUCCACGGGGCAGCCUCGAUCUUUUGUUCACUUUUGGCCACUGUCCUUUUUUCCCCCUUCUCUCUUUCUCAACACCAACCUUUUUUAUCUGUUGUUUUCUUAUCCUGUUGUAGGACAUUUUAUAUUAUUUUUUUAUAAAGGGAUUGGCAAGAUACGCCAUGAAAUAAUAUUUGUUUUAAAAUAAAAAGUCUUUGGUUGUUUUAAAGGCUUAGUUUGAUAGCAGACCGAAUAUUCGUGAGCAUCCUCAUUCAGAGCCGUAAACUGUUGUGAAAGGAAAUGAUGACAGUUUACUCUCAUUGCUUACUGAAUAGGCAGCAUUAACAUCCACCUUAAUGCUUUUACACCCCCAUUCCCAUUGGCACACACACACACACCCCCCCUUGAGCCAUUCAGGUGAUCUGUGUGUAUGAGACAGGCAGGAGAGGGCAUAGUUAUCCUCCAAUAGGGUUACCAACCUCACCUAUUACCCCUACUGACACACAGCAGCUGCUCCAGCAGGCACAACAUCCAGGAAUAGCUCCAUCACUUCUCCACCUCGGGGGAGCUCUGAUCUCCUGCUCUCCCAUAACCAGAGGCCGUUGUCUGGGCACCGGCACAAGCCUUCCCCUGGAUCUGGAUCUACUCUGGAUUUUUGAAAGAAACCAUGCCCCCAGGUUGGAUUGUGGUUAAGGAGAGUGUAGGGAUGGAGACAUUAACUGCACAGGAGUCUAAAAGAGCAUUAUUCAAGACAAAGUAUUUGCAGAGGAGCAGUGGUAAAGUGCUAAACUAUGAGAACGUAGUGGAGACCGGAUCCGAGACAGACGAAGAAGACAAGCUGUUGGUAUCCGAGGAAGACGGGCUUCUGAACGGCGCCACGAGUCCAGCCAGCCUGGCCAAUCACGAGCCAGUGGUGCCGCUAUCCCCAAGACUGGGCCACGCCCUCAUGACGAAAGUCGAUGACGAGGAGGACGAAAUGCGGGACAGCGGCGUGGAGCACGUAUGGAAUGAGAACGACAUUCUGAGAAGCUCCGUCGAUGGUACAGAUGAACUGAAGGACGACUUUGACAGCAUGGUGCCUGACGCCACUUUACAGCCCAUUGGGAACGGUACAGUGAAGAGAAUGGACUGCACAGCCGAGUUCGAGGAGUUCUUCGCUAAAAGGAAGAUGGCCGACAGCGAGAGCCAUGUGGUUAGCAUUGCUGAGUAUCUGCAGCGCGCCGACACGGCCAUCAUCUACCCCGAGGCUCCGGAAGAGAUUGCCCGCCUGGGCACACCCGAGGGCCCCGGGCAUGAGGAGAACGACCUGCAACCUGGAACGCCAGAUGCUUUCGCCCAACUGUUGACCUGCCCCUACUGCGACCGGGGUUACAAGCGCUUGACUUCCCUGAAGGAGCACAUCAAGUACCGGCACGAGAAGAACGAGGAGAACUUCGCCUGCCCUCUGUGCAACUACUCCUUUGCUUACCGCACUCAGCUGGAGAGACAUAUGGCCACGCACAAGCCUGGACGAGAUCAGCACCAACUGCUGAACCAGGGAGCUGGCAACCGCAAGUUCAAAUGCACAGAAUGUGGCAAGGCCUUCAAAUACAAGCACCAUCUGAAGGAGCACCUGCGGAUCCACAGUGGGGAAAAACCGUAUGAAUGCCCAAAUUGUAAGAAGCGCUUCUCUCACUCUGGGUCCUACAGUUCUCACAUCAGUAGUAAGAAGUGCAUUGGCCUGAUCACAGUCAAUGGCAGGAUGAGGAACAACAUGAAGCCCGGCUCCUCUCCAACCUCUGCCUCUUCCUCUCCAACCAACACUGCCAUCAGCCAGCUAAGACACAAGCUGGAAAAUGGCAAGCCCCUCGGCCUCCAUGAGCAGUCCAAUCACCUCAACAUUAAAUCGGAACCACUGGACAUCAACGACUAUAAGCUGAUGAUGGCCUCACAUGGCUAUGGUACACCAGGCCCCUUCCUGAAUGGUGGGCUGAGUGGAGGGAGCCCACUAAGUGCUCCCAACUCCCAGAGUCCCCUCCAGCACUUAGGAAUGAGCAUGGAAGGACAAAUUCUGGGGUACCCAUCUUUAGGGAACAACUUGACCGAGGUGCAGAAGGUGCUUCAGAUUGUGGACAACACAGUAUGUCGACAGAAGAUGGACUGCAAGCCGGAGGAACUUUCCAAACUGAAGGCCUACAUGAAGGAGCUGGGCUCCCAAAUUGAGGAGAAGAAGGCAGGGCUGGGAUCACCCGGGGGCCCCCAGACAGGUCUUCCAGUCAUCAGCCACAAUGGCGCAACCAAGAGCAUCAUUGACUACACACUUGAGAAGGUCAAUGAAGCCAAAGCUUGCCUCCAGAGCUUGACCACAGACUCUAAGAGACAAAUUAGCAAUAUCAAGAAAGAGAAGUCUAAUCAUACGAUAGAUUUAGGUACAGAGGAGAAGAUGCAUGAGAACAAUUUAAUGUUUACACCCUUUUCUUGCCAGUAUUGCAAAGAAACUUUCCCAGGUCCCAUUCCAUUGCAUCAGCACGAGAGGUACCUGUGUAAGAUGAAUGAAGAAAUAAAAGCUGUACUGCAGCCCAAUGAAAACAUCACGCCUAACAAGCAGGGCAUGUUCUCAGAGAAGCAUGCCUAUUUGUUAUCCCCAAUCAUCUCUGAGAAGGGCAUUACUAGCCCCCUUAACCCUUACAAGGACCACAUGUCAGUGCUCAAAGCAUACUUUGCCAUGAACAUGGAGCCCAACUCAGAGGAACUACUGAAGAUCUCGAUAGCAGUCGGCCUUCCUCAGGAAUUUGUGAAAGAGUGGUUCGAGCAGAGAAAGGUAUACCAGUAUGCCAAUUCUAGAACACCUCCUUUAGAUAGGAGCAAUAUGGAGAUUGGUCUGCCUGCCACUAACCACAUGCCCAAUAAGGACUCCAUGAAUGCUCGUUCCCCUCUAUCUUUGGUCAAAACUAUGGACCGAAUGACGUCGCCCGCCACCCCCGAGCUACAUAACAACAUCAACAACUGUGACAUCCCCCUCAGGCUUUCUAAAACACCCCACUUCCCUGGCCCCAGGCAACUUGGUGAGAAGUUGGACCACUCCAGGAGCAACACGCCAUCUCCUUUGAAUCUGUCCUCAGCCUCCUCCAAGAACUCCCACAGCAGCUCUUACACGCCCAACAGCUUCACAUCCGAGGACCUGCAGGCAGAGCCACUGGACCUCUCGCUACCAAAGCUCAUGAAAGAACCCAAACACGUGCUUUCUGUCAAGAGCCGGCCCAAGCCCAGCAGUGUCCCCUUAGACCACAAUCCCAUUACAUCACCCCGGGAACACUUGGAGGAGCCACUCAAUCUUGCAUACCUGUCCAAGAAAGAGUUUGGGAGCCACAAUGGUAACCUGGAAAAAAGCACUAGCCCCAUGUUUGGCAUUAACCCUUUCUCUGCCAAACCUCUGUACACUUCCUUACCCCCUCAAAGUGCGUUCCCACCAGCCACUUUCAUGCCCCCAGUUCAGGCCAGUCUCCCGGGGCUCCGGCCCUACCCCACGCUUGACCAGAUGGGCUUCCUGCCACACAUGGCCUACACCUACGCAGCAGGAGCUGCCAGCUUCGCUGAGAUACAGCAGCGGAGAAAGUACCAGCGGAAGCCAGGGUUCCAGGGGGAGUUGCUUGACGGCACGCCAGACUAUCUCUCCAGCCUGGAUGACAUGACAGACUCAGACGCCUGUCUGUCCCGGAAGAAGAUUAAGAAAACAGAAAGUGGUAUGUACGCGUGUGACCUUUGCGACAAAACAUUCCAGAAGAGCAGUUCCCUCCUAAGACACAAAUAUGAGCACACAGGUAAAAGGCCGCACCAGUGCCAGAUCUGCAAGAAGGCGUUCAAGCACAAGCACCACCUGAUUGAACACUCGCGCCUGCACUCGGGCGAGAAGCCGUACCAGUGCGACAAGUGUGGCAAGCGCUUCUCACAUUCGGGCUCGUAUUCGCAGCACAUGAACCACCGCUACUCCUACUGCAAACGGGAGGCCGAGGAACGCGAGGCGGCUGAGAGAGAGGCACGUGACAAGGGGCGCCUUGAACCCAGCGAGCUCCUCAUGAACCGGGCCUUUCUUCAGGGCCUGACGUCUCCCGGAUACCCCGAGCACCAAGAGCGCGAUCCCAUCCUGCGCGACGGCAUCAACGGCGGCACCAAAGAGCCGGACGGAACCUACGGCAAGCUGGGGCGCAGGGAGGACGAGUUCGAGGAGGAAGAAGAAGAGGAGAGUGAGAACAAGAGCAUAGACACGGACCUGGACACAGCACGGGAUGAAGAGGAGAACGGCGAGCACUCGAUGGACGACAGCUCGCUGGACGGCAAAACCAAAUCGGACCACGAGGACAACCCUGAGGACGGCGUCUAAUAAGACUACUGUGUUGUGUUCUACAAACGUCCCCUCCACGUCUUUUCAUUUUUGGUUGACUUUUUUCUUUCGGUGGCCACCUGACCAGACGGACGCACACGAGCUUCUGGAUUUGCGCCAGACUGAUCAAAAAAAGGAAGGAAUCCAGUCAGGGAGGGGAGGGGGAAACGGGUGAGAAGCUGCAUUAUGCAAAAAUGAAACAAAUGAAAUAUGUUUUUUUUUUUUUUUUAAUGUACAGUAUUAAGGCCUAAAAACUAUGUGUGGUGCUACCAUCUUAAAAAAAACCCUGUGUUCCAUAGUAUUUAUAGCACAAAACUAGUAACUUGUACAAAAAAAAAAAAUUGCACUCCGCUUCUAUAAUCACUACAAAAAUAAUAAAAAAGUAUUGCCUAUGUAUAUUUAUAGUGUUGAAGAAAAAAAGAAGAGGCUGCGGCGUGUUUGCUGCAGGUUGUCAGUAUUAUAAAUUCUCUCGCUCCCACUGUGCCCUUUGCCGUUCUUCACCCCGGUGUUUACUCAGCUAGCCACAUGUUUUUAGGCCUCCGCAAUUUUUACUCGACGUGAAGGAUCUUAAAUCGAUACCGGUUUUUAAAGUCUUAAACAGACUGUGUAGAGCAAGUGAAACGGUCCAGAGUGGAGACAGAUGAAGGAAGAAGGCAGUGAUGAAGGAGAAAGCCUUUGUAAAGUCAUUUUCUUUUGUAUUAGAGAAGAUUAAAGAAAAAAAAAAAACAAAGCCUUAUAUGCAAACCUUUUAAUCUGUGUGUUUCUACAAGUGCCAUCCUUGUACAGUGUUAAAGGAGGACGGACGUGGUGUUGCUCUCGCCAACGUCAGCGUCCAGAUGAAGAUUUCUCCUCCUCCUCCUCCUCAGUAUUAGCAGAAUAGGCACUCGUUCUUUAGUUUACAUCAUGUUUGUGCAAUUUUCCGUUCCUUUUUUUUCCCCUUUUUUUUAUCAGUAUUACACCAAACCAUUUCUCUCCAACAAAAAAGUCGAUUCAUUUUAUUAUGUCAGUUUAAAUAACAUUUUAUUUAUGUGGCCCAUUUUGUAUUUCCUAAUUUUAUUUAUUUCAUACUGUAGUGUACAGUAUUAUAGUUCUUCAAUAUAUAGAUAUAUUUUAGUAAAAAUGAAACAUGAAGAUCACUUGGGCAAAUUUUACGUAAAGAGAGCAUUUAUUGUGUUUUGAGACAUUAAUUGUGAAAUGCGAAUUUUCAGCUUCUUUCUUUUCUUGUUUUUUUUUCUUUUUCUUUUUCCAGUUUACUGGAAAAAUUCCAAAUUUGGGAACUUUUGAUACAAUAUUGUGAAACACUGUAUUUUCGACUGAGGAAAAAAAAAUAUUCCACUUUCUUCAUCUUGUUUUUCUUUUUUUUAAAUAAAAAAUGAAGAGGGACUGUUAAAAUAAAUACAAUGUAUUAUACCAUGAGAGAAAAAAAGAAUCUUUCCUGAAAUGUCUUUGUAAAAGUAUUAUUGAAUUUUUAAUUUGUAAUUCCUCUUGGAAAUGACCAUGCUCGAAUAAACGUAGCCAAAUCAAA